GUCGGUGUGUUUGUGUGUUGGAGGACAUGGCGGACUCCGGCCGGGCAAGACCGGCGGACCCCGACCCCGCGGACAGCCGGGCAGAGAGCCCCAUGGCUGUGAGGAAGAGGGCGCAGCAGUCUCCCGGUGUCCGGCCCAAGUACCAGAGCUCCGCACCGGGCCACUGCCUGAAGAAAGUCACCCUGACCAAACCCACCUACUGCCACAGCUGCAGCGACUUCAUCUGGGGGCUCAUCGGCUUCCUGUGUGAAGUAUGUAACUUCAUGGAGGCGGCACUUAGGGCCUUCUACAUCCCCGACGAACCUCAGGACUACGAGCUGCAAGAGCUCGGCGGUUUGCAGCGUCCCCAUAGCGACGACAUCCUCAACCGUAACAGUGGUUCAGACAACAGGGGCUCUCUGAAGGACGGCGGUGAGGCCUGGCUGCUGAGGGCCAAACAGCGAGACUCUGAGGUCAUCAAGGUGCACAGGUCGGGCGCCGCUUUCGUCUCCGUCUCCGUCUCUCAGAGCAGCACGGCAGCUUCAGUCCUUACUGAGGUCCUCAGUCAGCUCCACAAACAGGAAGAAGACGCGUCCAGUUUCAGCCUGCUGGAGGUCUGCAUGAGCAGCAAGCAAGUUCAGAGACAGACGCUGAGUCCUCAGGAGAAGAUUGUGGACAAGCUGCAGGAGAUCAGGAAGGCCUCUCUGCGUCAGAUGAACCAGACCCGGUUCUACAUCGUGGAGAACAGGAACCGAGCGGUGCAGGUCAGCCUGCUGAUUGGAGGACUGCCCCCCCUGCUGACCAAAGAGGAGUACGGCCAGCUGAUCCAGGAACACCUGACCAUCAAGAGUCACCUGGUCACCAUCAGCCACAUCUAUGCCAGUCAAGGUGCGGUGGCGUUGCAGAUCUCCUGUUUCUCUGAAGCUGAGCGGAUCUACAUGUUGGCCAAAGACACGACUGUCAACAACAAGACGCUCAGCUCUCUUGUCCUCCCAGAGAUCCUGCACAACGAGCUGGGAGACGACAUCUGUCCCCUGCUGGUGUUCGUCAACCCAAAGAGCGGCGGUCUGAAGGGAAGAGAGCUCCUCUACAGCUUCCGGAAACUUCUCAACCCCCACCAGGUCUUUGACAUUUCCAAUGGAGGACCGCUGGCUGGCCUCCACACGUUCCGGGAGGUUCCCAGGUUUCGGGUUCUUGUCUGUGGGGGUGAUGGGACGGUGGGCUGGGUGCUGGGAGUACUGGAAGCUGUCCGGCACAAACUGGUCUGUCGAGAGCCGCCCAUCGGCAUCGUGCCUCUGGGAACAGGUAACGACCUGGCUCGUAUCCUGCGCUGGGGAGCAGGUUACAGCGGCGAGGACCCCCACCACAUCCUGGUCUCUGUCGACGAGGCUGACGAGGUUCUGAUGGACCGAUGGACCAUCCUGCUGGACGCCCAGGACAUCUCUGAGGACGGCAAGGACAACGGCUUCCUGGAGCCACCCAAGAUUGUGCAGAUGAACAACUACUUUGGUCUCGGCAUCGACGCAGAGCUCAGCCUUGACUUCCACCAGGCCCGAGAGGACGAACCCGAUAAAUUCACCAGCAGGUUUCAUAACAAAGGAGUGUAUGUGAAGGUCGGCCUGCAGAAGAUCAGCUACAGCCGGAGUCUCCACAAAGAGCUUCAGCUGCAGGUGGACGGUCAGAACGUCCCCUUACCCAACAUAGAGGGACUGAUCUUCCUCAACAUCCCCAGUUGGGGCUCUGGUGCUGAUCUCUGGGGGUCAGAGGUUGAUGGUCGCUAUGGGAAACCAAGCAUCGAUGACGGGCUGCUGGAGGUGGUCGGGGUCACCGGGGUCGUCCACAUGGGUCAGGUGCAGAGCGGGAUGCGUUCAGGGAUUCGUAUCGCUCAAGGGAACUACAUCAGGCUGACUGUGAGCAAACCCAUACCUGUCCAGGUGGACGGAGAGCCAUGGAUCCAACCGCCGGGACACAUCAUCAUCUCUGCGGCAGGACCAAAGGUCCGGAUGCUGAGGAAGUCAAAGCAGAAGCAGAAGAAGUCCUCAGGUGCGAAGGACGGACGCUCUGAGAGUCCGUCCUCCAGAGACGGAGGACACUGACCGACCACCUGGAAAUCGGUGUCCUGCCUUCCGCCUGCUUCCUGUUGCAGGAAGCCGUUUUGGCGCCAGCAGCCAGCUGUGGUUUCACUCAUGUAGCUUCAUAGCGACGCUGACGGGCCGCAGAUCGACUGAAGGAGGUCCGACUUUUACAACCUGCACAUGGUGGUUCUGGAUCACCUUGAGUUUGGCCCAGUUGGGAUCACAUUUCCAUCCUGCUGACCAAGCACUUACUACAGUAACCACGCUCAAUAUUCAGCUACUAAAAUGGACUUUUUUAAUUAGAAUGCAAGAGUAUUUAACCGAUUCAUAACAGGAGUUCUGCAUACAUUAACAGAGUUGAUAUUGAAUUUUGACAAUUUCUCAGUAUGGAUAAGCUUUAGAGUUGAAAAAAAAAAAAGUGUUUAACAGAAGUUGUUAAAUGUGACUGUAUUUGUACAGUAAGUAGCAGUAGACUCAGUGUCAGUUCAUAUAUCGUUAUAACUUUAGGUGUAGAAAUAAUGUGCAGCUAACCUCAAUGUCUCAGAUUAUUUUUGGAGAUUAUGAAGAAAAAUACUGAAGCAGUCCUGAAGAGAAGCUGUAACCACAUUUAUCUAAACCAGAGAUCUUUCUUUUUCUCUCGUGUAAAAUUCUUUGGUAACGUUGGUUUCAGAAAUUCACGUCGAAGUAAGGCUCUCCAACAAGAAAUCUCUGUUUCUCUGAACCUGCAGCGCCCACCGCAAACUGGAAAUUUCACACGAGUGAAGGAACUAAUUUAAAACAUAACGGCUCAGUCUGAGCUGUGGAAAGAAAGUUAAAUGAAACUAAACUGUAAACGCCUGAAGCACAGUUUGUAUUUCAGCAGAUAGAAAGCUUUUACUUUGGCAACAACACAGACUUUAUAAGAUAAGUUUGUUUAGAUCUUAAUAAAAAAAAAUAUAUCUUAGACACAUUACUAGCUUGGUGAGCUGGUUGUCGAGCUAGCUUGCCAAAACUGAAUUAUAUAAAACCAAAAAAUGAAAAUUAGGUAUAUAGAUGUCCUAAAAUGUGAGAACAAAUUGUGGCACUACCAUUACAACGCCAGAUACUACCUAGAAAACGCAAUACAAUACUAGCUAAACUAAGCUAGAAACAUUAGUUUGCCAAGCUAGUUAGCCAGUUAGCUUGGCAAAACCAAAUUAAUGCAACAAAUUAAGUAGUUUUGGUUCUAAUUCUUAAUCUGAGGCAGCAAGAUCAUAUUAAACACAUUAUUAGUUAUUUGAAGGAGCAAAAUCAGCAUCAUCAGCUGUAAAAUUACGACCAUAUCUGUGUGAUAAUGAAGCCCUUUGUACAAUAUCCUACACUGAUCUAAAUAUUACAUUUUAUUAUCUGAUACUGAGCACCAAUGCUGUUAUCAGUCGACAGCAGAAUAUUAUAGAUGUAAAAGCCUGCGUGAGUUUAUUUAUCCACCUCCAGUAAAGCAAAGAUCAUCGUUCACGUUGAUUGAAUUUGGUGCAACAUAUUUCAGUCUCCCCUUCUCAUUAGUGAGCUCUGCCCUUCAACUGCCAGUUUAUACUCACUCAGCCUCUGACGGCGGCGGAGGAGGACUUUAUGAACUUCGUCCACAUUCCUGGAGAUGCAGAAGGUCUUUAAAGGACAGUUUCUGGACUGGACCAGGGAUCUGAAGGUCCCAGCUCUUCAUGUAGCCACAACAGUAUUCAAUUGCUGUACUUUGGUUGUGAUAUUUAGUUGUUUUUUUUUAAAUCCAAGUUCUGCAUUAACUGAUUUAUUUGGAUGUUUUUUGGUGCUAGAAGGUAACAAACAAUAUGUUGUAGUUCUGUGUUUGACUUGAAAUUCAAGGAACCUGUUUUUAUUCAAAGUCUCAAACCCAAGUUCAUACAAACUGUAGCUUUUAUUAAUGGGAGGUACAGUGAAGGUUUGUGGCUUUGAAUGGAGACAGAUCUGAGAAUGAGUGCUGAUACAUCAGUGGCAUUAACUGUUAGCUUUCAUGGACUGCUGAGCUUCCUCAUGAGUCGGGCUGAAGUGGACACUGUGUACUGACAGUAUCUCUGUGAGUACUUUGAACUGUACAGAUACUGUCACAGUGUUUUAUUACAUGCAUGAAGUACUGUGGUGUUGUGUAUUACAGCAGCGUUUUAUCUCCUCUUUCUUCCACCGGCUGUUAAACAACCACAACUGCUGGUUUUACAUGUUUUAUUAACUGUUUAAACUUCACAUCUCGCCGAUCGUUUUACAAAUUAUUAAUUAUUUUGGCCAACGUUGGUUUCAGUUCAUUUCUGUGAAAAUCAGCAUGCAGAGACGUUUAAAGCUAACAGACUGAGGCUAAAGCUAACAGGUGAACACAUUAUGCCAUUUUUCAGAAAAUCAAGCAAGAGACAAACUCUAAACAAACACUAUAAAAGUAAUUUUUAAAAUUAGAUUUUUUUGCAUUAGAAACAACAACUGUAAUAUCCCACUGUCCUUAAAUGCAGCAAUGGUCUCAAGUGCUUCACCAUCAUGUUAUAGGGACACUUUUCUUGUCUUUUCUUGUUCACACAGGAUAUGAAAGUAGCAUCUUUUACUUUAAUAUAAGUUUCAUCAAAACAAAACGUGACAUUGUUCGACUGUGACGGUUCAGCAGGAAGUGGAAUCGAUAAAUGAACUGAAAUCAACGUAAAAACCCACCAGUGUGAUCGCAGGUGUGUGAACCGUUUGUUAAUGAGCUCCUCAGACCGAAACAAAGUGUACAAUAUACAGCAGCGUCUCUUUUAUGAUGUUUGCAUUAAUUUGAACGGUCAUUUAUAGGUUAUUAAAUAGUUAAUAACUUAGAUUUUACACAAAUGUUAGAACUUUCUAGUGGAUAAAACUGAUAAAAUACAACAUUUCCUGCCAUAAAUAGUAAUAAGGUCAUUGAGUUUAAAAGUUUUUUAGGAACUAACAGUUGACAGAAUGUGUUGAUGGAAAAUGUCAAAAAUGGCCAAAUUUCUGCUACUCUUACAAAAUAAUCAACAUGCUUUUACUCUGAAAAUCGUUCCCUAAAAAGGUGGAAAGGUGGAAAGAUACUUCAGUGCUGUGACACUGCAGGUUAUGAUAUUUAAAAUGAAAUAUUCGGAUCAUAAUUUCAUGUUUUUAAUGUUGCGUCGUUCCUUUAGAGGGAAAAUUCUGCAUAUUUUUAAUAUUUCCUGAACCCAAAACUAUGGAAGAACAUUUCUGCCACUGUGAUGAAAAAAAAGUAUCCUGUAAGUUAUUAUAAUGAGAAAGUUUCUCGUUAUUUUCAGAUAAUCAGUCAACAUAUUGAUUUUCCAUCUAAGAAGAAGAAGAAGUCAUUAUUUCUGUCUGUAUUUAUUUUAAGAUACUAACUCAUUAGUAUUAAUAUUAAGUUAAAAUAUUGAGAAUGUUUCUCAUUAUAAUCUCUGACAGGAAACUUUAUUUCAUCACAUUGGCAGAAAUGUUCUUCCAUAAAAACACAAGAUUUUUGAAGAAGCUCAAUCGAUUUUUCUUUCUUUGUUUUAUUGAUUUUAUUUGUCGCUGAAUGUUAAAAACGCUUUAACGUGAUUUUUUCUGCUUCUCUGCGUCCCGUCGUGCCUCGUAGCGUCUGACUCACCUGUCCUUAUUAAGCCCCACCCGUCUGAACCCGGGCGGUGGUUCAGUCUGCAGGCCGGAGUCCGUGUAGUGCCUCAUCCAAACGCUUGGACACCCUCAGUGCUCUGAUGUGUGUUAACGUGUGUGUUUCCUGCCGGUGCAGUGGUGUGUUACUGAGCUGAUGUGCCUCCAGAUGUUCUGUUGCUGUAUUCAGUUUUUACCUGAGGUUUUAUUGAAUAGAUGAUUUGUAUAUUUUUGCAGACAGAAGCUGUUUUUUUGUUUUGUUUUUUAGUUUCAACUGUAAAGUUUUAAAUGUAAAUUGCACUAAUUGUUUUACAGAUGCUCUUAGAUGUGACGUUCAGGUUAUUAUGAAUGUUGUAACAACUAAAGCUAAAUAUAUAGUACAUAUAGUAUAUAAAAAUAUAUAUAUGUUUAAAUAACUGAUUCUUAUGUGUUUAAUCAUAAUAAAGACCAUA